AUGUCGUCUGCCUCGGAGGAGGUGUACUUUGACGCGAUGGAGGCGGAGGUGAAAAUAGAUCGCCAGAGCGGCGAGGCCCGUGCACACGGAGCGACGAAGCAGGUGCAGAAGCGGCAGCGGCAGCGGCAACAACAGCAAGAGCAGCAGCAGCAACAGCAAGAGCAGCCGCCGCCACCCCCGCCGCCGCAACAGCAGCAACAGCAGCAACAGCACACGGCAACACGCCAUCGCCACUGGAACGCAGCAGAAUGCAGCAGUGCGAUCCCGACGGUGCCCAAGAUUCCCGCGCAGUAUCUUGCAGCGGGCCUCCGCGUUCAGGAGGUCGGCGCCGGCUCCCCUGGCGCUAAGCCGUCGACCCAUAGCACCUCGAGCAAAAUAAUAACCACACCCUGGUCGUCGUCUGAGACCACCUGCAGGCCAACAAAUUACCCCGUGAUGGAAAAGGCGCAAUCCUCCUCACAGCCACAGCAGCAGCACAACCACCAGCACCAGCAGCAGCAGCAGCAGCAGCAACGACGUGCGCGCCGCAGCAACGACGAGUCUCUCGAAGACGACUGCAGCCCCGACCACCCACGCGACCUGCCUGCCGCCGCCCUCUCUCGAUCCAUGUCUCGCGCCUCCUUCUCCUCCUCCAAGCGCAGGUCGCUGCCCGCCGACGUGAUCACACGCCCGAGUACGAGCGGCAACAUCCACGCGCGUCCACAGUCACGUCUCGAUGGCCUGCGUGCCACCGCCGGCCUCUUCUUCCAGCAGCAGCAGCACCCACCCUUCCACCCCCACCACCGUGACGAGACCACUUCACGCAGAAGCUCCGUCACCCGAGCCUCCUACUACGUCGACGCCUCGCCUCUCUCGCCUCGCCAGCGUGCACUAUCGCCCCACACACGGAGUCGCAGGGGCUCGUCCUUUGGCACUGCGCUGUCAGAGCCUCGACAGUCCUUCGACACAGCCUACUCAGAGCAUCGACACCACGAUGAGCAUGUCACCCUUGCCGCUGCCUUGGAGGAGCCCCAGGAGUCUCCCACGGAGAGUUCGGAUCAGCAGGGGCCGGACUCGUCGGUGGACUCACAUGCUGCAGAUACCGUGUGGGACGAGCUCGACGAGCUGAAGUCGCGCAUCAGGAAGCUGGAGUCGAGCGACAAGAAGCCCUCGACGUCUAGUGCGGCUGCCUCGGGCUCCAGCGAUCGACCACGCACUGCAACGACAGCCCCUACCACUAUCAACUCGUCGCCCAAACAGUCGCGCAAGCCCGACCCGGCAGAUGCGCCCAUGGACACACCAGCACCGCCAGCAAUAGAACAACACAACGAAGUGGGUAGCGCAUGGUCCCACAUCCACCCCUUGCUCCACGAUGCACUGGCCAGAUCAAGAGACAGUCUCUCGUCGAACGUCUUCCACAACCUGGAAGCUGUCGUGGCGGACGCCCUACAGCUGGCGGCGCUUACCGGCAGCGCCGCCCCGUCAACGGCUAUUGGAGUCGCGAACGAGCGCCAAGUACGACGGAGGGUGGACAAUCUGUGUCGUAACAUGACGGACCUCUGCAUCUCGCUUCGCGACAGCAAGCCAGAAACAUCGCCUAUCGUAUCGUCUCCCGCUACCCUCCCUAUAGAACAUCCCCCCGCCGACCUUCCCCUGCGGAGAUUUUCACGCACCAGCAGCCUCGCAGUCACGGCCUCGGGUGCUGGCAGGUCCCUAAGUCGUCUCGAGCAGCGUAAAGCUAGCCUCCUCGGACCGCAUACGUUGGGCGAGAGCCCUGCCGCCAGCCCACGCAGUCCUCUUCCGGAGCUGUCUGCUUCGGAUGCCGAGUCGACUCCCACACAUUCCAACAAACUGCAGCCUCCGCGCCGUCUGAGUGCUGUGCCCAGCAGGACCACUCGCAGCCGAGUGGAAUCGAAACGCGAAGGAGCGCGUGGAGAAGAUGACCGGAUCGAUCGACCACAAUCACGUGCCUGGACUGAGUACUCAUCGUCGCUACGGGCCACGUCUCGCAUCCCCAGCCAAGACCGGACGAAUCAGGACCGAUCCCCCGGAGCACCACGUCGAACUUCUACUUCUCUGAGAGAAUCCCUGGCAGCGAGGCGAAAGUACGAGACGCCUCCCGUACUCGAAGAAGAUGGACCUUUGCCUAAAACGCGAGGAUUCCUCUCUGAACCACAUUGUAACAAGAUUCCGAGCCGCACGUCGAGCAUAGUACGCACCCGGCAUUUGAUUGAGUAA